AUAUUCGCACGAUUGGUGGACGAUUUAUCCAUCUGAAUCAAUUUUUUGUGUUUUUGAUGUUCUCCCUGCAGAGAAUCAACAGAUAAUUGAAGAUCUCAUUGAUCAUCUUAGGCAAACUUAUUACCAAGCGAAUCAAACUGAAC